AUGCCCAGGGAGAAUAUAGGAGAUAUCGCCGCGAAGAAAUUUGCAGAGCUCCUUUCCGGGCCCAUCCUGGACAUAUUCGUCGGUCCGGAUGGCCGGCACUGGUCACUGCAUCAAAACCUACUCACCCACCAUGCGCGCUUCUUCGACGAAACCUACGCCAUCAACGGCGCCCCCAAACGCAUCAAGGACAACAAAUUGGAUCUGCGGGACGAAGACCCAGGCGCAUUCGAGUUACUAGUCAAGUGGCUCUACCAGGGCAAGAUUGACGACGUCUCAUGGAUGCCCAAGGACGUCAAGUGGGAGUACGCCUUCACGUGCCAGAAGCUGUACCUACUCUGUGACACCAUCGGACUCCAGGAACUGAAGAACCAGGCCAUCGACCAGUUCCGUAGAGGAUGCAAUGAGGCAGGGCUGGUGCCGGGGCCCGAGGAGAUGAAACCGAUUUACGAAAGGACACCGCCGUCGUCGCCGUUUCGGAAACUGGUGAGUAAAAUCGCGGCGAGGCAGAUCAUGGAUCCUGGGUCCGAGAAGGAUGCGACCAGCUACAGGGAAUGUUUUGCCCAGAGUCCAGAUUUCGCCGUCGAUGUGAUCAAUGCGAUCAAGGAGGGCAGUGGCGGGAGUCUGUUCGACGAUCCGACCGAGGGAAAUGGGUGUCGCUAUCAUGAGCAUGACGAUGGGGAGAGCUGUCAUAAGACUGUCAAGUUCAAGGAUAUCUCAUGA